UUCAGAGAAGGUCAACGGUAAGAUGGGAGCAUACAAGUACGUAUCCGAGCUCUACCGCAAGAAGCAGAGUGAUGUCAUGAGAUAUCUUCUCAGGAUUAGAUGCUGGCAGUACAGGCAGUUGAACCGUGUACACCGUGUACCCCGUUCAACCAGACCUGACCGAGCCAGGAGACUAGGAUACAAGGCCAAGCAAGGUUUCGUUAUCUACCGUGUGUGCAUGAGGCGAGGUGGCAGGAAGCGUCCUGUUGCUAAGGGAUGCCCCUAUGGUAAACCCAAGACUUCUGGUUCCGUCAAGCAGCAGAAACCAGAGAGGAAUCUUCAGUCCAUUGCUGAGGAGAGGACCGGGCGUAGGUUGAAGGGUCUGAGAGUUUUGAACUCCUACUGGGUUGGAGAGGACUCCACCUACAAGUAUUUCGAGGUGAUCAUGAUCGAUCCCUUCCACAAGGCUAUCCGUCGUGAUCCCAAGAUCAACUGGAUGUGCAGCCCUGUUCAGAAACACAGGGAGCUUAGAGGUCUUACCCACGCAGGAAAGAGUUCCCGUGGAUUGGGUAAGGGUAGAAGGUUUACCCAGACUAAGGGAGGAUCUAGGCGUGCAUCUUGGCUCAGGAAGAACAGCAUCAAGCUCAGGAGGAAGCGUUAAGCAAGAUCUUGAGAGGAGGUUUAUCACUCUGCUUCACCAAACCAACAUUUUUGUUACAAUUUCUAAACUUGUCAAUAAACUGUUGGUUCAUUAA